GGGUUUAAAUGGUGUAUGAGAAUAACAACAUUCGUAUAAAAGGUGAUUUUUCUCACUUAAGGUAUAUUAUUUUGUUUAAACAUAUGGUUAAGAAUAAUAUAGUAUUAUUUCAAAAUGAAUAAGUUAAUUAUUGGAUUUGUUGUAUUGGGAGCUAUAGCGUUGGCUAAGGCUGGCCUAACAGAUGAACAAAAAGCAAAAGUGCAAGUAUAUGGUAAAGAAUGCGUGAAAGACACCGGAGUAGAUCCAGAACUGAUUAAAAAAGCACGUGGAGGUUCCUUCGCAGAUGACGCCAAACUAAAAGCGUUCACCUUCUGUAUGUCCACGAAAAUCGGCUUCCAGAACGAUGCCGGAGAUAUCCAGGCUGACGUGAUUAAAGAAAAACUCAGCUCCGCCAUCAGUGCCGAAGUAGCUGAUAUGCUGAUCGAGCGUUGCUUAAAGAAGUUAGACACCAACGAGGAUACGGCUUAUGAGGUGUUCAAGUGUUAUUAUGAAAACACUCCGGAGCACCUUGUCAAAUCUUUGACUGAUAAGCAAAAGGAGCUGCUGGCCCAACACUACAAACAAUGCGUGGAAAAGUCCAAAGUUGACCAGGCCGUUCUCCAAAGAGCCCGUUCCGGAGACUUUGCUGACGAACCCAAACUGAAGGAGCACAUCCUCUGCAUAACUGAGAAAAUUGGAUUCCAAAAUGCCCAGGGAGUCCUCCAGAAGGACGUGAUCGAAAAGAAGCUUAAGGAGGCCCUUAAGGGAGAUGAAGCUAAGACCAAACAGCUGAUCAAGGCCUGCGCAAUCGCCAAUAGCGACAAGAAACUGCAAGCCUUUAACGCAUUGAAAUGCGUCUACCAAAAGGCUAACAUCAAUCUCUUGUAGAUUGUUGAAUUGACUUUUUAAGACUUAAAUGAAAUUUUCAUGAGAAGUGUACGAGUGUAAUAGAAAAUAAAUGAUAUAAGUGAUAAUAGAA